AUGGGAAACGUCGUGGAAAGAGAAGAGCAGAGCAGAGCAGAGCAGAGCAGACCUGCUGUUUGUUGCUUUUUCCUGCAUGAUUUCUUUGACUGGUUUGGUUGUGCUUUGUUCAAACUCUCUAGCUACUCAUUUUGCCAUCUCCUCUACACUCUGAUAUUGCUUUUCAUCUUCAUUAUACUCACCACCUUUGCUGCUCUGCACACGACUCAGAGGCCUAAAACAGAGAACCUAGUCAUUUUGCCAUCUCCGCUACACUGUUUAGCUUCAUUGCCACCCUCUGAUCUUGGUCUACUCACAAUCUUUGCUUUGCUUUGCUCUGCUCUGCUCUUCACACGAGUCAGAGGCGUAGAAGAGAGCUUGCCAAUACCAAUUCUUAUCUUGGAUGACAGUGGACAUCUUCGCAUUCAGAUGAGUCCCUGCAUCACUGAUGAACCGAGGACCAUAAGUUUCAAGCAAGAUUCCAUCAGGGUGACAAUGAUCCAGCCCUAAAAAAUGUUUGCUUUUCAAAUUUAUUCUAUAUAUCCUUAUCCGUAUCAAUUAAUUCCCUUAAAUCUCUCUACCAUUUCAUUCGUGCUGCAGUUCUUGUCUACUUCUUUAACUUUUUGCUUAC